CAAAAUCAAGUGGUAUGCAUGCUACCCAAACACCCUCUUAACAUAACUCUAGGCAUUAACUAUGUGCGAGUCGAGAUUGGAGUCUUGCGUCUCUGACGCUCCACCGCCUCCGAAACCAAUAAGGCGUAAGACCCUGUUUGGAUGCAAGGGAUAUAAAUAAAAAAAAACAAAAUAAAAAGAAAAGAAUAAAACCAUCCCCAACCAAAAGUCAGUACUACUAGCGCCCAGUAGUUUCCACGUACAACCCCUCUGUGAUUUUUAAUCCCCUCACCUCCACCGUCCGCCCGCCACGUGGACCAAGGCAUGUCCAUCUCCGCCACGUGUACGAUCCACCUCCCUCCUUCUGAUUCUCCCUCAUGGCCUCAUGUGAUCCCAAAUACUCCCCUCACAAAUUAAAUUAGCAUUUUAACCGCCGCGGGAAAAUUACAAACUAGCUCCCCCUCGAAAUUCUAACCUAACCAUGGUUGAUCUCCCUCAACCUUACCCCGGUUAACCCGCCACUCCGGUCAGCAGUUUAUAUACGACCAAACCUUGCCGGUAUUUCUGUGUACAAAAAAUCAACCAACACAAAAGCCAACAAAAGAAAGGGAGGAAAAAAAUUUUCACUCUGAAUCCGAUUUUCUCUCCAAUCUUCUUCUACUAGAUUCGAGAUCUUUCCUGGAAACGAUGAUGCUCGGCGAGCAACGCCGUCCGAAUCCUUCCGUCCACAUCCCGCCGUGGACCGCUAUCGACGACCAGACCACGGAUCCGUACAGCCCGUACUCCGGCGGCGGCGGGGGCAAUGUCGUCUCCUCCCCUGCCUCCGAUCACUACAGCCCCUUCUACAUCCAGGAAGCUCUGUCCGCGCUGCAGCGAUUCCUCCCCUCCAACGACACCGACAUGGACCUCGAUUUCGACAUCCCCGGACUGGACCACGACUCCCCAAUCGACGCCUACUCCUGCGACCACUUCCGGAUGUACGAGUUCAAGGUCCGGCGCUGCGCGCGCGGCCGCUCCCACGACUGGACGGAGUGCCCGUACGCCCACCCGGGGGAGAAGGCGCGGAGGAGGGAUCCGAGGAAGUACCAUUACUCCGGCACCGCGUGCCCCGAGUUUCGAAAGGGGAACUGCAAGAAGGGCGACGGCUGCGAGUUCGCUCACGGGGUGUUCGAGUGCUGGCUCCAUCCGGCCCGCUACCGCACGCAGCCGUGCAAGGACGGGACCAAUUGCAGGAGGCGUGUCUGCUUCUUCGCUCACACGCCGGAGCAGCUCCGGGUCCUGCCUCAGAGCCCGAGGAGCGUCAAUUCGACCGAGUCGUACGAUGGGUCGCCGUUUCGGCAGGCGAUUGAGGCUUCCUGUGCUCGGACUCUGCCGUUCGUGACCUCGCCGGGAUCUGUUUCGCCGCCAGAGACCGACUCCCCGCCGAUGUCUCCGAUGACGACUCAGCAGCACGUGCUGAGCCGCUCGCUGGGUUCGAGCUCGAUCAACGAGAUGGUGGCUUCUCUCAGGAACUUGCAGCUUGGUAAGGUGAAAUCCCCGACUUCUACUUGGAUGGGUGGCGGCGGAGGAGGCGGAUCUGGGUACGGGUCUCCGCGAGCCGGGUCGAUCCUCCGACCCGGGUUCUGCAGCGUGCCGACGACUCCGACCCCCACAACGCCGAGCGGGCUCGGCUACUCUGCUGAUUUCUGGGACAAAGUGUGCGAGGAGGAGCCGGCGAUGGAGAGGGUGGAGUCCGGGAGGGAUAUCAGGGCGAGGAUGUUCGAGAAGCUGAGCAAGGAGAACAUGCUGGAGCGGGGCGACCCGAGUCCGGGACCGGCAGUCGGAGGUCCGGACGUGGAUUGGAUUUCGGAGCUGGUUCAGUGAAGAAUCGGGCCGGGGGCCCGGAUCCGUUUGUGGGGUUUGUCGUUUUCCUGGGGGAGGUUUGGGUUUUUCCUUUUUCAGUAUAUGGAGGCGUCGUUCUGGUUUCUUCUCAGUUUGUAAAUAUGGCGGUGGCCCCCGGAGGAGAUACGACAAGACGGUGGCCUUUUGGGGUGAAGCGGCGGUUCAAAAAAAAAAAAAAAAAAGCGGAAAAGAAAAUCCGUUGUACAUACGUUUUUCUAUUUCAAGAUUUGAAGAACCCAUUAGCAGGAAACGGCGGCGGCGGCUGAUGAAGACUGGCGAUCUCUGUUUUGGGUGGAAAGGUUUCUGAUUUCUGAGCAAUUUUCAGAAAGAAGCGGUGGUGGCCGAUGGAAAUAGCCAGAGCUCAGAAGCUGGAAAUGGAUGGGAAAAAACAAAAAGCGGAAGGAGAGAUUUUUGUACAGGUCGUAGGGUGUGGCGGCGACGACGGCGGCGGCCGGAGGUUACGAAUCGGUCGGUUUACUUUUUAAAAAAAUUUAACUAAAAGAAAGCUGUGGUGGAAGAAUUCGUCUAUCUCUAAAUAUAUUUUUCCAGUUUGUUAAUUGCUUAAUUAAUGUGCGGUUCAGUGGCAGAGCCAGUAAGUAAGUAGUAUUAUGAUGAUGAUUAUCCAGACUUUGAAUUUAACGCUAUUAUUGUUAUUGUAAGGUUAUUAUUAUUUUGUAAAGAGCCUGCUUAUGGUGGGCUCGUCUUUUCCCCCUCCCUAAAUGCAGAAAGAUCAAUGUAUAUUUUUAUUAUUAAUUAACUGGGUGCCCCCGGAUUUGUGGUGUGGUUUGGAUGGAUAAUGUUGCGCAUUAAUACAUUAUUAAUUACGUGGUUAGUACUUAAUAGACCAGUACUAAUCAAAUCCGGUUAUGGUGGGGGGGGGGGGGGGGGAUUAAGGUUUAGUUGUGGAAGAUUUUGAGGGGAAGAUCUGGAAGAAAUCCGUGAUGUUUGAUUUCUGAUUUUCUGUACCAACGAGUCAAAAGGGCAAAAUGGGAAGGUGGGCCAGGUGGGCCUGGGCUGGGCCUGGGACUGGCAGAUGUGGGUUGAAUGUUUGAAGAGAAGCAAGACCGCAAGGUGAGGUUUUUUUUUUUUUUUUUUUUUUUUUUUUUCAUUUGGAUCUCUGAUUACAUGGGGAGGUUAGGUUGGGACCGGGGGACGAAUGCUCUAACUUGUACAAAUUUUUCAAUUUUUCAAAUUGAUUCGAUACCUUCGUUCGUAGAGAUAGUUAUUCGAUCGCAGAUAUUACUGGAACACUUUUAAGAGGGACAAAUAGUCAGGUGGGGGUGGAGCGCUUACUUCUAUACAAUGAACAUCGUUCUUUUUA